UUUCCAGUGAAUGGCAGCAACAAUUAAUUCUAAGUAUUUCUACACUAGAACAGAGAACUUCUAUGAGAAUUCCUAUGGGACUUUCAACUUUAAUAAAUUUAAUUCAGCACUAACAAAUAAGUCACUUUGAGAUUCGGAUCUUAUUCUUGUCUUAAUUGUCGAUAUUGUUGUCACCAUUGUAACAUCUCAAUGAUGAUAAGUAUUGCUUUGAUCUGGGGAGUAGUGGUUGGAUUUUGUUGCCUUUUGUGGCUUGCUCUGGGGAUAAGACGCAGGCAAGCUGGUGAGCCAGUUAUUGAAAAUGGUUUUAUUCCUUACCUGGGCUGUGCUUUGCAAUUUGGGGCAAACCCUCUUCAGUUCCUUCGCAGCCGGCAGAAGAUGCAUGGUCAUAUUUUCACCUGCAAGAUAGCAGGCCAAUACAUCCACUUCCUGUGUGACCCCUUCUCCUACCAUUCAGUCAUCAGACAAGGAAGACACCUUGAUUGGACAAAAUUUCAUUUUGCUACAUCUGUUAAGGCAUUUGGUCAUGACAGCUUUGACCCUCGUCAUGGUUACACCACAGAAAACCUUCACCAAACCUUUCUGAAGACGCUGCAGGGGGAAGCUCUGCCCUCCUUGAUAGAAACUAUGAUGGGACACUUGCAAGAUGUCAUGCUGAAGUCAGACAGACUGAGUCCAAGUGAAGAUCAGUGGCAGGUGGAUGGGAUAUUUGCAUUCUGCUACAAGGUCAUGUUUGAGGCUGGCUACCUGACUCUGUUUGGUAAAGAGCUUGGGGAAGACAAAUGCCACAUCAGACAGGCUGCACAGAAAGCGCUGGUCCUCAACACUUUGGAGAACUUCAAGGAGUUUGACAAGAUAUUUCCUGCUCUUGUAGCUGGCUUGCCCAUCCAUGUUUUCAAGAGUGCCUACAGUGCCAGAGAGAACUUAGCAAAGACGAUGCAUGCAGAAAACCUGUCCAAGAGGCACAACAUGUCAGACUUAAUCUCUAUGAGGAUGAUACUGAAUGACUCCCUCUCUACAUUCAAUGAUGUGAGCAAAGCUAGAACCCAUGUUGCCCUGCUGUGGGCUUCACAGGCUAACACACUGCCUGCUACAUUCUGGAGUCUAUUUUAUAUGAUUAGGAGUCCAGAAGCUAUGAAAGCAGCUCAAAAAGAAGUCCGGAAAGUUCUGAGGGAUUCAGGUUUGACAAUGGACCCUGAAGAGCCAAACAUGCUAAAGCUGAGCAGAGACCAGUUAGACAACAUGCCUGUUUUGGACAGCAUCAUGAAAGAAGCCAUGCGGCUUUCCAGUGCCUCUUUGAAUAUUCGGGUUGCCAAAGAGGACUUCCUGCUUCACCUUGACAACCAAGAAGCUUACCGCAUUAGGAAAGAUGAUGUCAUAGCCCUGUAUCCACCCAUGGUGCAUUAUGAUCCAGAAAUUUAUGAAGAUCCUUAUGAGUACAAGUUUGACCGUUUUCUGGAUGAGGAAGGUCAGGAGAAAACCACAUUUUAUCGCAAUGGCCGGCGGCUGCGUUACUUCUACAUGCCCUUUGGCUCAGGGGUCACAAAAUGCCCUGGAAGAUUUUUUGCUGUGUAUGAGAUCAAGCAGUUUCUAACGCUGAUGCUGUCCUACUUUGACAUGGAAUUAUUAGACCCUGCUAUCAGAGUUCCUCCUCUAGACCAGUCCCGUGCCGGUCUGGGAAUUCUCCAACCUACAUAUGAUGUGGACUUUAGAUAUAAGAGGAAGGAGAACCACUAAACCAAGUGCUUGCUGUGCUGAUUGACUGAAUUACUUACUGUAGAUAAUGUAAAUUUUACAGUACAAUGGGAUAUCUGUGUGUAAAUAGACUAAAUUAUUUUUCAAUGUCCUGUUUCUUUUAUACAAUCAGGUUGUAGAAGAUAGGCUGUAUGGAAUCAUUGGAAAUGAUCACAUAUUUCCAGAUCUUUACUAGCAUUCUGUCAUAUUCAAUACUUGGCAUAUUAUUCCUGGUUUGGGUUUUCUUUUCAAUAAAGUUUAUGUGAGAAUAUUGGUACACACAUCUCUGUGUGUAUUCAAAUUGA